AUGAGGGUUAACUUGGCAGUGCAGAUUCUUUCCAAAUCUAUGGCUGAAGCACUCCGAAGAAGUAUGCCAUUGGAUGAAGUCUCAGAAACAGCUAAUUUCUGCCAGCUGAUGAAUGACUUCUUCGAUCGUUGCAAUGUUCGAUCCAUUCAUGAGCACCAAAGAAAGAAUAACACACUCUUGGCACCCUAUGAGAAAUGUGAUGAUUCACGCUUUGUGUGGUUAACAAACACAUUUCUCAAGUACUUCCUUGACUGGAAUUUCUCAAGUACUUCCUUGACUGGAAAGAAGAGAUUAAUUCUAAAGCAGAAGAGUUCAACAAAGACCAAUUGGGACGAAUGUUUAUUUCACUGCAAACAUUUGAAGGGUUACAAAUAUCUGUGCAUAGUCUUAUUGAAUGUACAAAGUUCCUGUUACAGAAUGGAGUUAACUACGUCCUCACUGAAAGGUUCAUGCAAGACUGCUUUGAGGAAGACUUUGGUCAUCAAAGACAAUGUGGGAGAAGAUCAGAUAACCCCGAUGCAGUUCAGUUUGGGUACAACGAUCGGAUUCUUCAGGUGCAAAGAAAUGCUGGUCUUGUAUCCAGAGGGAAUAGUCACGGUGGGCUACCAUUAG